GAGCCGCGGGGUAAGAAAUGACAGAAUCUGUCACCGGGAAAUCAAUUCAUGUUCCCUGGCACGUACAGGAAUCCCCAGACAACACCCUCACCCCAGCCAAUGUCCCCAGCUACACCGGGUACCCCAGCCUACCAAGUGCCCAACGUAGUGCCCGCCUUUGCAUCCCAACCACCCCAUGUCCAGCCACCCAACUACGAGAUGGAAUUUGCCGGAAACUAUCCCAGCCACUUUCACAGUCCCGGCGCCUUUCCGCCUCCGUCUCAGCAACCCCUGCAGCCGACGCCACAGUGGAAUGUGCUGAGUCAGGCCAAACCACCAGCCCAGCUCAACAACCUCAGCCUGAUGACGCCAGCUCCGCAGGCCGCCGAGGCCGUGCCGGCGACAUACAACGGUGACUCCGCCACAAACCUCAGCAAUCUACUCAUGGACAUGGACAGUCAGCAACUCACCCAGCUCAAUUCCGCCGAGCUGUCUGGCCUCUCGCUUUCCCUCCUCGACGGUCACUUUCCCGCCUCGGCAUCCGAGGCGGCAGCCCAGGUGAAGCAAGAGGCCGUCGCUAGGAUGGACGCUGAGCAGGACAACAUGACUGAUAGCUUCACGAAAUUGACAACGGCCACCCUCAAUGAGAUCACCAAUCUUGGCAAUAUGUACAACAGGAACAACAAUUGACGCCCUCAGCCACAAGAGAACAAAUUGUGAACGCAAUGACACAGUGUCUAUAUUUUUUAAUAAUUUUAAAAUAAUUAAAAUUGUCUCUUUUUAUCUCGUUAGAAA